GAGAAAGGGGAACGGGAAGGGGAGAGUGAUUUGAGGAGAAAACAAGAAAGAAGGGAGGAAAAAGGUGGAGGAGGGGAGAAAGAAAGGGGAGGAGGAGGAGAGGAAAAAAAGGGAGGUGAAAGGGAAGGGGGAAAGGGGAAGGGAGAGGGGGGGUCACAGGGGGCAAACUAGGGUGGCUUACGAAAGAUUUAUGGAAGCGAUUCAAUGCUCUUCUUACAAUCGUCCAUCUCUCUCUCUCUCUCUCUCUCUCUCUCUCUCUCUCUCUCUCUCUCUCUCUCUCUCUCUCUCUCUCUCUCUCCUCUAUCUAUUUUUUCGCUCUCCAUCUCUCUUUCUAUAAUCUAUCCUUCUUAUCUCCUUUUUUCUGUUCUUUCGUUUCAUCUCCUUAAUCCAUCUCUAAUAUUCUUGUAACAUCCUCUUUCUCUCUCUCUCUCUCUCUCUCUCUCUCUCUCUCUCUCUCUCUCUCUCUCUCUCUCUCUCUCUCUCGGUGGUGGUAAAGAAAAUAAAGCAAGAAAUAAAGACAGCGAGGAAGCCAGUGGUCGCCUCGAGGUUUUGACAAGUUUUCUUUUUUUCUUUUUUCCUUCUUUUUUUUUCAGGUGUUUGUGAUUGUCCUCUCGGGUCUACGUCCCUAUUUCUCUUCUUGAACCUCCUCCUCCUCCUCCUCCUAGUCCUCCUCCUCCUUGUCCUUCUCCUCCUCCCCGUCCACCUUUUUUUAUCCUCUCCACCUCUCGUUCUUUGAUUUUUCCUCCUUGUUUUCCCUUUCUUUCUUCUUCCUUUCUUUCUUAACUUCCUCCUACUUUUUUGUUUUUUUCUUCCUCUCUCGAGUUUCCUUUGAUUUUUUCCCUCAUCCUCUUUUUUCCUUCCCUCCUCCUCGAUUCCAUUAUUUUUCCUUCUCUUUUUUUUUUAUCUAGCACUUGUUCUUGUUUUUCUGCUUCUUGUUUAUCCUCUACUCCUACUAUUACUACUACUACUAUUACUACUACUGCUUAUUCUUCUCCUUCUUUUUCUUCAUUUUUUUCUCCCUUUUUCUUAUGUUGCUUUAUUUUUUUCUCUCAUUCUUAUUCUUUCAUUUAAUUUUUCUUCUUUUUCUUCUUCUUCUCCUCCGCCUCCUCAGACUGACUCACUUCAUCUCCCUCCUCCUCAUCCUCCUCCCUUCCCUCUCCACUAUGUCUCCCCUUCCCUCUCCCUCUCCCUCUCCUUCCCCUCCCUUUUUCCUUCUCCCUCCUCCCUCCCUCCCUCCCUCCCUCCUUCACCACGUGGUAGCCCUGACGUCUAGUUAUGUGUUUAUUAAUAGUUAUCUCCCUUCCUUCCCUCCCUUCCUCCCUCCCUCCCUUCCCUUCCCUCCCUUCCCUCUCUCCUCGCUCUCUGUAAACAGCUUCAUUCAUCCAUAUCGAAGAGUUUAUCUCCUCUUCUUCCUCUUCCUCCUCCUCCUCCUCCUCUUCCUCUUCUUCCUUCGUAUGUUAUUGAUACUCUGAACGAUCAUCCUUCAAGUCCUUCCUAUCCAUCCUUCUUUAAUUCAUGUCUUCCUUUCCCUCUUAUUCACUUAAACCUCCUCCUCCUCCUCUUGCUCCUCCUCCUCUUCUUCCUCCUCCUCCUCCUCCUCCCUCUUUAUCCUCCCACUAAGAUGUUUCGGUGUCAUGCAAGUAAUCAAUCCUCCUCCUCCUCCUCCUCCUCCUCCUCCUCCUCUUCCUCAUUCUUCCCCGUUCACUCACUUCCGUUGCUCUUUUCCUCCCUCAUCCAUUAUUCUCGUCAUCCAUCUACACAACUCCACACCCACUCCUCCUCCACCUGCGAUUGCUUACACUCCACUUUAUCUAUCACGUUUCCACUCCACAAUCUAUCAAAUUUCCCCUCAGUAUAUAUCACGCAUCUACUCCACCUUCUACUUCCACCUUCUACUCCACUACAUUCACCACCUUAUCAUGUUUCCACUCCACAAUAUCCAUCGUUUUUUUUUUUUUUUUGCGAGUACUUCCUUUCUGUCCAUUAAUUUCUGUCCUUCAUAUCUUUUGACGUCAUCCGCGCCUUUCCAAGUAUCAAAUUUAUCUCUUUCUUCAGUCAUCGCACUUUCUCCUCUCUCCUUUCCUCCCUUCCCCUUUACCUUCCCUUUUCUUUCCCUUACCUUCCCUCUCUCCCCCCUGCCUUCCCUUUCUUUCCCUUAUCUUUCCCUCUAUACCCCUGACCUUCCUUCUUUCCCUAACCUUCCCUCUCUCCCUCUCACCUUUCCUUCCUUCCCUUUACCUUCCUCUUUCUUCCCCUUACCUUCCCUCUCUCCCCCUUACCUUCCCUUUCUCCCCUUACCUUCCCUUUCUUCCCCUUCACACUACCUAUCUUCACCUUACCUUCUCCUCUCUCCCUCUCACCUUCCCUAUCUUACCUUCCCUCUCUCCCCCUUCUCUCCCCUUUCUCCCCUUGAUCUUUCCUUUCUCCCCAUAACCUCCCCUCUGUCCACUAUAGUUUCCCCUCUCUCCCUGUUAUCUUUCCUCCUCCCCCAUUAUCUUAUCUCCCCCUUACCUACUCUCCCUCUCCCUGUCAUCUCUUAUCCCUCCCCUAUUAGCAAAUCUCUUAUCUACUCUCUCUCCCUUACUCCUCACCUCCCCUCUCUCUCCCCUCACCUUCUAUUUCAAUCUGAGUCGUCAAUGAACUCCAUCUCUGUAAUUACGAACACUCUUGUCUUUUCUUCUUAUUUCUUUACAAUCUCCUUAUGUCCCUCGUUAUUACCCCUCUUCUUUCUUUCCCUCCUUGGUCCCCUGUUCUUUGGUUGGUUAUGGUGAUUCCUUCAUCUAUAGUUUCAGAAUUUAUACUUUUACUUGUUUUGAUUUUUCGUGUAUUAUUCUCUCCAUUCUUUGUGUUAACUCUACUACAUCUCUUCUCCUACUUCUCUCCUGCUUAAUAUUCGUUGGUGUUCAUUAUCCGUGUAUUAUUCCCUCCUGCUUAUUAUUCGUUCCUGUUAUUAUCCGUGUAUUAUUCCCUCCUGCUUAUUAUUCGGUCGUGUUUAUUAUCCGUGUAUUAUUCCCUCCUGCUUAUUAUUCUCCGUGUAUUAUUCCCUCCUGCUUAUUAUUAGUGUUUAUUAUCCAUGUAUUAUUCCCUCUUGCUUAUUAUUGUUCGUGUUUGCUAUCCGUGUAUUAUUCCCUCCUGCUUGAUAUUCGUUCUUUCAUCUCUUCACAUCAUCUCUCUUUUUCAUCUCUCCACAACAAGUUCCUUUUAAUCUCUCUUCUGUCUAUCUUUUCAUCUCUUCAGCAUUUCUCUCUUUUAAUCUCUUCGCCAUCUCUCUAUUUCAUCUCUCCACUAUCUCUCUUUUUAUCUCCUCACCAUCUUUGCUUUCAUCUCUCUACCUUCUUAUAUAUUUAUCCACCAUCCUCUCAAUCACCCUUUCCUCCAUCCCUCUCUUCACGUCUUUCCCUCCAUCCAUCUUUUUCAACCUGAUUCUCACACAAAAUGCAUCUUCGAAGUAAUGAACACUGUCUCCUGGUAUACCUGUCCAAUCUCUCAAUGUCGUACCGUAUUAGACUUUGGACAAUAUUCUUAACCAUUUCAGGGAGGGGGUAAAAUGUUAACACACCCACAUUUGAUAAGGCUUUCGUGGAGGUUGGCGGUGAGGUUUUCGAAGAGGUUGUUGGUGGUGAGGUUUUCGAAGAGGUUGUUGGUGGUGAGGUUUUCGAAGAGGUUGGUGGUGGUGAGGUUUUCGAAGAGGUUGUUGGUGGUGAGUGUUUCCAUGGUGGGUAGUUUCAUGAGCCUGGUGAUGGUUUGUCGAUGCUUCUGUACUACCAUGGAUGUGAAAACUAACUGAUGAGACCUCGAUUAAUUUUCCUUUGUGGGCUUUGGAAAGAUUAUAAUUAUUGUUGUGAGAACCGUAAGUGUCUGAGAGAAUAUUAGCUUGUUUACUAUUGCGGUGGGAGUGGAUUUUUUUUUUUUUCUUCUUUUUCCUGUGCAAUAGCGGAUUCUAUAUUUAAUUUUUCUUUUUUUCUUCUCUUUCUGGCACUUCCUUUUGUGUUGUGUGUGUGGGAGGAGACUGUUACUGGCACCCUUUUAUUAUUUCUUACCUUAUUUAUCUUUAUUUCUUAGGCUAUUCUUAUUUCUUCAUUUAACUCUUGGUCUGCCUUUGGGUCUUUCUUCUCUCUUUCUUCUCUUAUAGCUUAAAAAAGUCUUGUCACUUAAUCCUCUGUCCAUCAACUACCUAAUCAAUCAAUCAAUAUAUCAAUCAAUCAGUCAAUUACUACUGAAAAAUAGGCCUAAAAAUGUAUACAAAUGGGGGAGUCUGUAUUUGUUUGUCUGUCUGUUUGUUUGUCUGUCUGUCUGUUUGUCUGUCAAGUGGAAGGGGAGAAAGAGGGAGUAUUUUAUGAAGGAAAAUGGAAGUGUGUCUGUCUGUCUAUCCGUCUGGCUAUGUCUAUAUGCUGUCUGUCUGCCUCCAUCCCCCUCCCCUACCUCUCUCCACCCCCCCUUUCUCUCUUCACCCCCCCUUACUCUCUCCACACCCCUCUCUUCACCAUCCCCC